AUGGAUAGCCCUGACUCUGAAUCUACGUUGCCGUCACGUAUUGCGUCCUUGGUGCAUGCUCAUUUCGAUGGCUUGCCUCCUCGAAGCAAGCCCACCGUCUACCCAGAUGGAUCGCGGGAAUGGAUCCCCAUGGCUGGGAUAGUUGUUGUGAAAGGGGAGAAUACACCUUCGGAGAAACUGAGCUGUGUGACAGUCACCACUGGCGCAAAAUGUCUACCGGCGUCGCAGAUUCCCAAGUGCAAAGGUCUGGUAUUGCAUGACUGGCACGCGGAGAUCCUAGCCCUCCGCGCAUUCAACCACUGGCUUCUAUCUGAAUGCCACGUCGUGCUGGCCAAGGAACGGCAGCGGGGAGCGUCCUCCGCUGCGGAUACAGCAGGAGGGACACCGUCACCAUUUAUCCGCUGGAAGCAUACUGUGCGCAGUACAACGCCUACACGGUCAUCGACAAUAGCAUGGCCACCCUUCGAACUGCAGCCAGACAUCAGAAUCUACAUGUACUGCACCUGCGCUCCCUGCGGCGACGCAAGCAUGGAGCUCUGCAUGGCCGCGCAAGAUGACCCGAGCCCCUGGGAAACCACCACCCCUGAAUCCCAAGCCCAAGGUCCAGACCCCUCACCGGAGACAGACCUCCUCGACGGACGAGGCUACUUCUCGCGCCUCGGCAUCGUCCGCCGCAAACCGGCACGCGCGGACGCCGAAGCAACCCGCAGCAAGUCCUGCUCGGACAAACUCGCCCUCCACCAGGUCUCCUCCCUCCUCUCGUACGAGACUAGCCUCCUCGUCGCGCCCACGGACAACGCCUACAUCGCCGGCUACAUCCUCCCAGAAGAGGAAAUCAGCCGCGCAGGCUGCGCGCGCUGUUUCAGCGAGACUGGCCGGAUGAAGCCCUUGAAGGGCCGGUUUUGGCCAGAAUCGCACACCCCUGGCUCCGACACGCCGCAUUACGGAUACAGGCUACGCCCGUUCGAGAUCCUCUCCGUCCCGACGGAGCUGGUGCAUGCGCUGUGGACGUUCCGGAAACCGAAGCCCAUGCCGGAACUUGGGCUGCCGCCGCUGCAGCCAGCGCCGCGGAAGAGUAAACCGGGGAACGUGUCGGCCGUGUGGACGGCCGCGCCUUCCCUACCGCUACCGCUUGAGGGCCAUGUCGUGGCUGAAAACGGCGCCAAGGCCCUGCCUGUGCUGCGGGGCUCGAAAACGGGUUUGUAUGAGACGAUCAUCAACGGGGUCAAGCAGGGGAACCGCGCCGCGUCUGUUACGCCGAGGGGGGCUUCCGCUUUGUCUCGUGCGAAGUUGUGGGCUUUUGUUCGUGAUACGGUGCUGCUGUGCUUUGCUUCGGGGGAUGCCGCUGAGGGUGGUGAUGCAGCGAGUCUGUUGCUGCAGGAAGAGUCGCUUCUAAGGCUGGUCAACGCGUAUAGUUACGAAAACUUUAAAAAGGAGCCAGUGGCUUUAACUGUGUCCGUCAAAGCACGCAAGGAUGCUGUCCGGGAUACUAAGGAGGCUUUGAAAGGAUGGGUGCCCAACGAAGGCGACGAAGAUUGGGGUCUGGAUGUCCUGAUUGAUACCAAGAAACGGAAGCGAUGA